AUGGAGCAGAACAACAGCGUAGAAGAUUUCUCCUUGAAUGUCUUUUCUGUCACUCCUUAUCAGCCAAACAGAUCCGAUGUCCUGGUGUCAGAUGGGGAUAAAGCUGGUGCCACUUUGCUCUUUUCAGGUGUGUUUUUGGGACUGGUGGGGAUCACUUUCACCGUGAUGGGAUGGAUAAAAUAUGAUGGCAUUACCCACCUGGAGUGGACUCAGUUACUAGGGCCUAUUCUGCUGUCUGUUGGGGUGACUUUUAUUCUGAUUGCUGUUUGUAAAUUUAACAUGCUUACAUGCAAGCCCUGUAAAGAAAGAGAGGAAAAUAUGUCAGAACUCGACCAGGCUGCAAGUGGACAGUCCUUUGUCUUCACUGGCAUUAACCAACCUAUAACUUUUCACGGUGCCACAGUGGUACAGUACAUCCCUCCACCAUACCCAGCCCAAGAAGGCAUUGCUGUGAGUCCUGGCUACCUUCAUCCGGUGCUCAGCUGCUGCAGUGCUGUUUCUUCCAGCACCUCACCAAUUCCCACUCCAGGCUCUGCUCGCUUCUGCCCUGCUUACUCCAUGGACAACCCAGCUUUUACCGGAGACGAGAACUACACUACUCAUCAGAGAUCAGAGGACAGUUCUGAUGAGCCAGAAGAACUGCUGGAAGACUACGUCUGUAAUGACUUGUCACCUCCACCUUAUGAGGAAAUAUACCCACGCUCUUCAUAGAAUGACCAUGGACAACAGAUGGCAAUUCUAAGAGACACUAGCUUUUCAAUCUGUGAGAAUCCUUUCCUUAGACACUUCCAUGAUGAAUCAGUGUGAGCAAGAUCAUGGUACUGAUACACACAGUUCAGUAUCACUGAAGAUAUUUAACCAAUUCCUUCUUUUUUUCUCCCUUGAAAUUCAUUAGCCAUUUGCUAUGCAGUUUAAUAGCAGAGCUAUUAAUUAUUUAAUAGCAAAUCUAUUUAUGGCAAAGUUAUUAAACUCGAGUAUCUACAUCCCUGUCAGUGUUCCCCAACAAGAAACCUGAUUUUCAGAACUACUGAAACAAGUGUGUACUGUGAAUACACAAGAUGCUGUGGUGGGUCAUGAUUUCUCCUGUACAUUCAGCACCAUCAGAGAACACUUUAUCUGUU